AUGCCUCGCCGUUCACUUCGAAAUUCAGCGCCUACUGGGCAGCAAGCCAAACGACAGCCUGAUACCUCGUCCUCCAGACAGAAUACGGGUACAAAACGCCGCAGAACUACCCCCAAAGAGCUUCCGUCUAAGCCUAGAAGCUCCAAGCGUGCCUCAUCUACGGCAAAAAAGAGCAAAUACUUUGAACAAAACGCCUCGGAAUCCGAUUUUAGUGGCAGUGACUUGACUCCACUGGCAUCAGAGUGCUCGAAUCGAGCCUUGCUGGAAAAGGACAACGAGACAGAGGAUUCAUAUUGCCCGAGUGCAGAAAGUUCUGCAUCUGCAGGCGCUGAGGAGUCUGCGGAAGAUAACGAAGACGAGGACGAGAAUUUUGAUAAGAAGAAAAGAGGAAACAAAAAGAAACAAGCAGUAGCGCAUGUGAAGAGAAGAAAAAGUGGUGUGAAGGAUCCCGUUGCUGAAUCCCGAAAAGAUAGCAAGGGAAACGAGCUCUGGAGAGAAGGUGUCAGGACUGGGCUGGAACCAGGAAAAGAAGUGUUUAUCAAACUUCCGACUCCUAGAGACGAUGGAGGGAUACCCUAUGAGGAUGGCACCAUACAUCCAAAUACCGUCCUCUUCCUUGCAGAUCUUAGGGAAAACAAUGACCGUGAGUGGUUGAAAAAUCAUGAUGUUGAUUAUAGGAAGUCCAAGAAGGACUGGGAUUCAUUCGUCGAAGCACUGAAUGAGAAGCUAGCUGAGAAAGACGAGACAAUCCCUGAGUUGCCAGCAAAAGACUUGGUCUUUAGAAUAUAUAGAGACGUUAGGUUUAGCCGUGACCAAACACCUUACAAGCCACAUUUCUCAGCGGCAUGGUCCCGUACUGGACGCAAAGGCCCGUACGCAGCAUACUACCUCCACCUAGAACCUGGCAAGUGUUUCAUAGGGUCCGGUCUAUGGAUGCCGGAAGCUAGCAAACUCGCUCUUAUUCGCCAGAAUAUUGAUCGGAAUUCGCAACGGCUCAAGGACAUCUUGAUGCAUCCAGACGUCAGGGGAGAAAUCCUCGGGGGUGUUCCUAAUGAUGAAAAGAAGGUUAUUAAGGCCUUUGUCAAUCAAAAUAAGGAGAGUGCACUCAAAACUAGACCAAAGGGCUACGAUGCGGACAAUGAGAAUAUUGAGCUUCUCCGCCUUCGAAGCUUCACGUUGAGCAAGAAACUUGCUGACCAGGAUCUCCGUGGACCAGAAGCCAUGGGCCGAGUGGCUCAUAUCGUUGGGAUCAUGGUUCAAUUUGUAAGUAAAAAUCAGUCUUUCCGGCAGCAUGUGCAGCAGAGUUGUCUCCUUGCACAUCCCGUCCGUUUUGCCCCCCUCCCUUCCUCCCUUCCUCCUCGGACGGCCUCUCCCAUCCCGCAGAGCCAAUAAUGCCAAAUCCAGAGUCAAAGCCAAAGCCAAAGUCAAAGCAAUAGUCAGAUUCAAGCCAGAUUCAGACUCAGAGCCGGAGCCACAGCCAGAGCCCCAUCUCUUCUCCAUCCCCCAUUCCUUUCCCAGGCCAUCCAUCCCUGCCAUCCCUCACCCCGAACUGACGCCAGACUCAUAAACGACUCAACGGCAGCUUUCCCAUGGCUUCCCUCGUCUAUAUUUCCAAGGUCCCAAAGCCUUCAUCUGUCCCACAUGAUCCACAUACACUGUAACUUCUCAUUCGCGGCUUAACCGUCGCAUGCAGGUAUGAUAUGCAUGCACAAUGUGCUGAAUUCGGGCAGAGGCACCCAACUCACGUAAAACGAGCAGUGGAGCGAGUCGGGCAUCGAACUCUCUUGUCCCCCUCUAUCCCCUCUCCUCCAAUCCCUACCCUUUCAUGCUCUGUUCUCGUCCUCCUGGUUCCUUCUCACUCCGUCUCCUACUCAAUUCUUGCUGGCUUCUGUCUUUCUUCCUUUGGAUUUUGGUCUAUAUUCUCCACCCCCUUGCAAUUCAAUCCCUGCCAGCCACUAAACCAUGAGAGAGGAAAAGGAUUUACCGUGUCCUAGCGAAGUGUACGGAAGUCAAUCUCGCUUAGCGGCCAGGCUGUCUGUUAGCUCAGCAUAUCAGCAGAGCAAUAGCAACAUGGGAUAGUGGGCAAAAGGGAAAGCCUAUGAUGGGCCGAAGGACCAUCUUGUUGAACACUGCUAUGCGUCUCAAUGUGUUCAAUGAAGAUUCGCUGGGGAAACAGGCUGUCCUGGUCGUUUCGUGCCUCUGCUUAGCCAUGCAAAAUAGAUAUUUUCCAUAUAUCUAUCACGCUGUCCAGGGAUAAAAAAAAAAUAAGGUUUAUCCGUGAUUUUAUGUUACUGACAUGUUUCAUUCCGACAGGUCACAUACCUGAACAGCAUUGUCAUGCCGGAUCCCGAGGACGAAGACGGGGAUGAAUCUGGGGAUGUGUAGGAUGAAGACGACGGAUGAAGGGAAGACGAUACUGUGCAUGUAUGUUAUGCACGCUCGAGCCUGGUCAUUUUUCAAAUCAAGGAAAGAGAUCAAUCAGGCCUGUCGAUGAAGUAUACAUUGGAUGUCUAUUUUGUCUCUGGUUUAUAUAUAGGCAUAGUAUAUGCAUGCACGGUUACCCGAUUGAUACUUGCAUUCCAUCGAAACAGUGGGUUGAGGUAUGUAGAUGUUUAUGGGAUGGGGACUGCGGGGGAAGGCGCACUGGAUUAGAUUGAAUCGAAAGACAGUCACCGUUAAACAUGGUUAAGAACCGUGACUGCCUCGUCAUGCUAGGCAGAUGGACUAUAUAACUCUGAACUAUAGACCACGACCACUGUCUUGUUUCUGUGCGGGGAGAGUGGGAGAACGAGAAAGCCCAUGACUAUCUCGAGCAGUCGAAGCAAGCAUGCAAGCAAGAGUUGGGUACGUACUUCGUAUCAACCCAAGGCUUGGGGGCGAAAAGGAAAACCGAAAAAAGAUGGCAACUCGGCGGUAAGUGUAUGAAUGUGUGUGCGCGUCCGUCUGCCUUCGAGGGACACGAACAACGCAGUCCUGCAUCUCGAGCAUACUUUUAUGCAAAGGAGAAAAGGAAAAAGAAGGCGAUUAGGUGUCAGUAGGCGUUUGAAAACAACUUGUUGCGUCGAAGAUCCGUACAACAGGCAUAUAAACCUGGCUUCUACCGGGUAUGUACAUGUAGAUAUGUAUGCCGCUCCGUUCUUGCAGUUGAACCUUUGAAACGAACAGGUAGGUUGCUGUGAAGUAAGAGACGUGGUGAUAUCCCUGAGGUUCUGAUAUACCAUGCACUGUAGUUGUCUCCUGCUUGAAGCUGGCUGUUCGUUGUGCAUGUGCGGAGUAGAAGGCGGGAGAAGAGAUACGACGUCCGCAGUCCAGAUGGUGGACGACUAUUUUUGCUGCAUGAGUAAUGUAUAGAUAUGAAAGGCUGGUCCGCCAAUCCCAUCCGUCGGCCAUUACUUUUCCACGGGAUGCUCCGCGGCCCUCCCGCCGCUGCAUUGCUCGGUCAAUGAGUUGUAUGUAAGUUGAUGCAGCAACAACAAGGACCAGGCAGGCCAGCGAUGAUGGGGUGUUUGCUUUGCUGUGCAACAGGAGGGUGUGCUGACGGCUAUCAACCAACUCCCGCAAGCCUCGAAGUUGUCUGUCCUAUUCCAGCAGUCAGCGAGAAAACCCAGCACUCCCCAGCCAUCCAUCACCAUUCAACCCUCACCCUCACCCUCACCCUCACCACUUUAAGUAUAUGCCGCGACCUGAUAUAUGAGGCCGCUCAUGCUGCCAAACCGCCCAACUUCUGGCCCUCCCAUCCUUCUCCGUCGCCG